AUGUCACAAAUACCGCCUCAGGUGCAUGAAACAAUAGAACAGUUCUUCAAAAGUAGUUCGACUUGGUCACUAUUUUCGUUUCUCAAGUACAGAGAGUGUGUAGACGAUUUCACAUACGACAAAGUGAAAGAGCAUAUGUUAUACAAGAGUGCUCUGAAUUUGUUAUCCAAAGAUCACGAUCAAGCUCGAAAGUGUCUUCUUAAUUUUGAGCCAGCUGAAUUCGCUUUGGCGGGUGAGAGUGGAGUUCGUCUUCCCUCAGGCAAUGAGAGAUCUUCUGAGAAAGUCCUCAAUUUCUGGACAACGAUCGAAAAAAAACGCUACGGGGAUCUGAUUGAUAUCGCAAGGGCUGAUGGUGUCUUGCGCAUGUUAGAAGGCACGACCGCUGGUCAACAGCACGUUUUUAAUAUUCAGCAACAAGACCUCCUCGGUCUAUACCAAUCCGGCGACAAUGAUUUGACAAAUACAUCAAUGAUGACAUUGUCAAAUAUUUUAAAUCACCCAGGAAAGCGCAAGUCUGAGGGAGAUCGUCAGCCCAAGACACCACCUAUGAGACCUCGUAAAGUAACUGUUACGACCCCAGAAAAGCCAACCCUUUACAAACACUCUAUGCAACACCUGGCUAAACAUUUUUCAGUCUACGUUAACAAUCAAUGUGUGAUAAUGAAGGUAGAUCAUGUUGAUCUAAUUCCGAAAGAAAUUCGUAUUUGGAUUGUAAAUGUUUUAUCAUCAGAAAAAGAUGUGUUCGAAAACAAUAUUAUGGCUUCACUAAAUUCAACUCCAGCCCAUCCAUUUCAGCAAGUCUGCAAAACGAUUUUAUAUGAUUUUUUUUCCAUGACUGAUAAAGGCCCAUUGAAUCGUUUUAUCGGAGAAAGGAAGUAUACCGUGGAUAGGAUAGUGCCUUUAUUCAAGGCGAUUCAAUCGGUAUAUCGAGAGUAUUCAUUUGAUUGGAUCGAAGUACAAGCAAGUUGCAUAAAAGAUAUAAAAGAAUUGUUUCCAGAAUUCGAUUUCACACUAAAUAAAGUUGAUGGAAUUGGUUCUAAGGUUUCAAGCAAUAAAGAAAUCAUAUUUAUUGAAGUAUCUGGAGGACCAGAGAAUGCUGUUCUAAAACACAUUAAAGAGGAUACUGAAAAGCUCAUCAAGGAGGCUAUGUUUGGUUUGAUCUCUUUGCUUAGAGGCUACCUAGGUAAAGACGCGGAAAAAGCAAGAAACAUAUGCGUAUAUAUGGUGCAAUGUAUAGGCGAUCGAAUUACGCUAAGUGAACUCUGUCUCGAUAAGAAGCAUUUUUAUAAAAUUUCGCAGAUUAAGUCUGCUAUGCUACCAUUUUCUUUUGAUGAAGUUGAAAAAUUCAUGGAAGUCUUCGAACUAUUAUAUGCUUUAAUAGAUGGACUUAAAAAACAAACAAGAGAAUUAAAAAAAUUAAUGCUUUCUGAUCCUAUUAGUAAUGUACCCACAAUUCGAGAUUGGAUCUGGGUCCCAAAAAAUCUUUUAACGUGGGAAGCUACGGAAGUUAUAUAUGAAGAUUUAAACUAUGAAGAUUUGAACUAUGAAGAUUAA